AUGAUCAACUACAAAUAUUCGUUAACGGAAGCAUUGAACAACUCAUCAUCUUCAAGUUCUAUAGGCCAUCAUAAAAGAUCAAACUCUGUUCAUCUUCAGCAAUCAUCUCCACAACAACAACUGCAUCCUACAUUUGAAAGAAAAAACAGUCAGGAAUCUUCCGUGGUUUCAUUAUCUGAUAGAUCAAUAACUUCACCAAUAUCAUCAUUACCAACAACUCCACAAGAUCAUCAAAAUACUACCAUUAGACAAAGAAUGAGUGAACCAAUUAUAGAUUUAAAUAAAAUCACAGAAGAGUAUAAUAAUUGUCAACGAAGAUUAUCUAUUGCAUCUAUGAAGAAAGCAAAUGAAUCUUUGGUUCAUUGGUGUCAAUUUUUACAAGAGGAGGAAGAUACUAGAUUUUAUUCACAAGAAUUGAAUCAAGAUGGAUUAAAUUCUUCUAGUUCGGUGACCAAUUUACCAAUCACUUCAGAAAUAUUAUUAGAAAGUUUUAAUGAACAUAAAGAUGAUGAUGAUAAUAAUAAACAAGAGGGGGAAGGUGAAGAUAAAAAGGAAGGAAUGCCUAGAAAGCAUAAUAAUAUUCAACUUAUUAGAAAUUUGAGUAGGAUUACAAGGAAGAAUAGUUUAUCAAUGAUUAAAUCAUCAAGAAAAUCAACUGCAAGUGUUUAA